AAUAGAAAAUUUCUAUGUCAACCUCAAAUUAUUCCUAUUACAAAUCUAAUUCCAAUUUCACAAAUUGAACCAGAAGCUGAUAAUUCUUUGGAUCAAGUUUCUAACUCUUCUGAUCUAUCUAUUCAAUCAAAUAGAGAAAAUACAGAAGCCUCUAUCUCUUCUACUUUUCAGAACGACAUAGAUGAAUAUUUAUCUCAAGAAGAAUUUGAGUAUCUCAAAACAUUAGGACUAAUAGAAAAUGAUGCUGUAUUAGAUACUAAUGAUAUGUGUUUAAAAUAUGCUUUAGGUGCAUACUUUGCAAGCAAUGAAGGUAUAACUAAAAAUUUGCAAC